AUGGCUAGUCUCCAAACGGCGUCUCGUCACACAGGUGGGCUCGGGAAUAAGCGAAAGCGGGAUCUGAGCCUACAACAGCGAGAGUCAGUGACGAAUACGGCACGACAGGUUGUUCGGAGACUCAUUGGUCUGGGAGACGCCAAGGCGAAAAGCAGUCUUGGUGUUGGCAAGUGGCCCGAGCCCAACGACGAUGGCACACCCUUCCUCGACGGCUGA